AUGAUGUUAUCAGCUUCGAUGUCUGCUCUAACGAGGAGUUCGCUGGAGGAGAUGCUUGAGUCGCUUCGCAAGAGAGACGAGGAGGAGAGGCCGAAGGACUUGCCGCCGGCAUUGCCGUCGCGGCCGCAGUCGAGGGCGCGGUUGCCGUCGGCAAGGAGGAUGUUGCCUAAUAGCUUCAAGGUUGAUGGCGAGAAUAAUGUGAUGGGGCACAGAAGGAAGGGUAGUUUUGGGUGCAAGAAGGUCAAGUUGCAUGUGGAAUCCCCUUAUGAAGUCAUAGAAGAGAAAGUGAGUGAACAAUCACCACCGUGUGUGGUUCCGACAGUCAAUGAUUCUUCUACUGAUUGUGAAGCUCCUCCUCAGUCUGAGGAGUUGGAGGAUGAUAAUGUUGCUUAUUUCAUCAAAAAGAAACUUCACGUUUGGUGUAAGCAACCAAAAGGGCAGUGGGAGCUUGGAACGAUACAGUCAACAUCUGGAGAGGAAGCAUCUGUUUCUCUCUCAAAUGGAAAUGUUAUGAAAGUAGCCAGGUCAGAGCUCCUACCAGCUAAUCCUGAUAUUUUAGAGGGUAUUGAAGAUCUUAUACAGCUCAGUUAUUUGAAUGAGCCUUCAGUUCUUCACAAUCUUCAGUAUAGAUAUACUCAGGAUAUGAUUUAUGUAGGUCUGCUGCUUUGGCUUGUUUUUCCUACGCAGAGUAAAGCAGGGCCCAUUUUAAUUGCACUCAAUCCUUUUAAAGAUGUCAAAGUUUAUGGAAAUGAUUAUGUCUCAGCUUAUAGGCAGAAACUUUUGGAUAGUCCUCAUGUUUAUGCUUUGGCAGAUGCAGCUUAUAAUGAGAUGAUGAAUGAUGAAGCAAAUCAGUCUAUUAUCAUAAGUGGUGAAAGUGGAGCUGGGAAAACAGAGACUGCCAAAAUUGCUAUGCAAUACUUAGCUGCUCUUGGUGGCGGUUGUUCUGGAAUAGAAGAUGAAAUCCUUCAGACAAAUUUUAUACUAGAAGCUUUUGGGAAUGCAAAAACAUCUAGGAAUGAUAACUCUAGCAGAUUUGGGAAGUUGAUUGAAAUUCAUUUUAGCGCAAUGGGGAAAAUUUGUGGGGCAGUAGUUCAAACUUUUCUGUUAGAAAAGUCAAGAGUUGUUCAACUUGCCUUGGACGAGAGGUCAUAUCAUAUAUUUUAUCAACUUUGUGCUGGAUCUUCACGUGAUCUUAAAGAAAGACUGAAUCUAAGGACGGCUAGCGAAUAUAAAUAUCUUAACCAGAGUGACUGCAUAACAAUCGAUGGUGUGAAUGAUGCUAAAAAAUUUAAUAGGCUGAUGAAAGCAUUGGAUGUUAUUCGAAUGAGCAAAGAGGAUCAAGAGCUAGUUUUUAAGAUGCUGGCUGCGAUAUUAUGGUUGGGAAAUAUAUCAUUCAAAGUUACUGAUAAUGAAAAUCACAUUGAGGUGGUGAAUGAUGAAGGUAACGGUGAAGGUGUUCCAUGUGGCCAGCAAUAUGGUCUAAAAGUCUAUAUAACACUGAGCUAUCCUCCUCCCUUGAUUCAUUUUGUGUAUGACUAA